AGUCCCCCAGAUGGAUCCUUCCAAGCGGCCCGAUGCUGAGCGACUCUCUGAGAGGAUGGCCCUGCCAUCUCCACUUCUACGUAAGGGCAACAGUCACUAGUGUGUUCUCUUCAGGCACGGAAACAAAUACUCGAAGGAAACCUCUGGAAGAUUUCUUUUUCUCUUUUGAACUCUGCCAUGUAUUGCCGCAGGCCAUGUCCACGUGGAAAUCGAGGCUCACCAAAAGCCUGAAGCUCCCGUCUCGAAGGAUGCACUCCUUCCCAUGCUCGGCUUUGCUGUCCUGUUUUGGCAAUACCAGGGAAAAUGCUACCUUUGAUCAGUCCAGCUCGGCGGAUACUCACUCUGCCAUCUAUGUCCAGCCCAUGGCCAAAGCAGGCACACAUCCAAGUCACCCAAAGGUGGAAGAAAGAGCUGCAGAGAAAAGGCGAGAUUCUGGUAUACACUUGGAGCAAAAUGGCACCGCAAAUGGCAAUAACAGCAAACACACUGCUGUCCAGCCUGUAGAGACCCCUGAGGAUUUUGCCAGGUCCCUGAAUGAGGAAGUAGACUGUGAAGCCGUUACUUUCCAGACGUCCAUCCCUAGACCAUCAAUUAUUGACAUGCCAAAGGAAGAAGAACCCCAUCAAGAGCCCCAGUGUCCUGAGUUGGAACAGAAGAUGCUAUCAGUGAUGAAAGGUUACGAAAGCUUUCACAACUCUGAAGAUACCACUGAGAAAUGCAGUCGUAUCCUGGGUGGUGUGGCUGGACCAUUGGCAAUAACCAGCUCUAUCAUGAUGCUGCAGUCUGCUCAGCCUAAAGGGAAGCAGAAACUAAAGGCUGAUGUUGACAUCCAGGUGACAAGCCUUGGGGAGAUCAUUUCAGACUUGAUCACUUUGUCUCUGCCUCAUGAUCAUGUGAAGAUUCAGGAUGUGGAGAAUAUGAGGCAGCUGAUGAAAGUGGUCUCUAACCAAGCAAAUGGCUUGUGCCCCAGGGCAGAAAUGGCAAAUUCCGAAUCCAGUCACAGGAGUCCAGUGGUUCCUAUGGUUCGGGAACCUGUGAUUCCCUUCAUCAGUUACACUCGGAACAGUACUAAAGACUUAUUCUCAGAAAGAGCCCACUUUGGCUUAUACAGCGACCUUGUUGAAAUGGCUAACAUUCUGACACUGGACUCCAUAGCCCAGAAUUAA